AUGUCUUCUUUGUUUAAGGAAGUGCCACUCCAGAAAGUGAUUGCAAACAAGGCAUAAAAAAUAGCCAUUCUUGUAAUGAUGUUAAAAGAUAUACAAAAGGAAGAGGAGGAAAUUUUGAAAUAAUUUAACAAAAUGACUAAAGAUGCUCGAACGAUCAAUGAAUUGUAUGAGAUUAUGGAAAUGAUUAACUAUGAAAUGAGUGUGAGAAAUGAUGACAAAAUGAUGAUCUUAGAUGAAAUCACUCAUCAAGAAGAGUUGUUAUUGACAGAGUCGGCGAGUCUAUAGAAACAUAUCAAUAGCAUAUCCAAAGACCUGGAGACAUCAGAGAAAUUCUAAUAAACAAGAUCUUUACGUUAAACUGGGAGAUUCCUAUAAUUCAAUCACAAUAAUCACAAUUUGAAUGUUGAGACCAAAAUACUAUAAUCAAAUAUAAUUACAAGUUACGAUUUUGAAGAGUAAUCAAAGUUGAAUGACAAAAUCCAAGAUAACAUAUUCAAUGACCCAAUCAAAUAUAAUACACAAGAGGGAAUCGAUGAAACAUAAGUUUAUGAUUGGAUACUUGACAUAGAUCUUAUAAACAACGUUCAAUAAGGGUGGACAGUCUAUAUUAGCAAGUAGUUCUAGGCAAACAAAGAGUUGGUUGGAUUAUCUAAUAGCGAUAACAAGGCUCAAAUAAAAUGGGAAGGAGCCACAGUUGCAGUAGUAGGAUUGUAUGAUAAGGGUAAAACGUUUGUCUUGAACAAUCUAACUUAAUCUAAUUUGCCAUCUGGAAAAAAGGUAACAACCAAAGGAAUUUCAUUUAAACAUGUUGAUGUCGAUUCAGGUACUCAAUUAAUUUUGGUUGAUACUGCUGGAAGCUACUCUCCUGUCAAAAUUCAGUCAGCCAUGAGUAUUGUGGAAAAAGAGGCUACUGAACAUUUCAUCAUUGAUUUAGUGUUUGAGUUGAGUGACUAUUUCAUAUGCGUUGUAAAUGACUUUACUUCACUUGAUCAGAGAUAUCUGGAUAGAUUAUCAAGGUAUAUUUAGAAUAGUUCGAAAACAUUCAGAGAAAUAAUUGUUGUUCACAAUUUGAAGGAAGUUGAAACUGCUGAGAUAUUACAGCAUGUUUGGACAACCUAAGUGACUUAGAUAUAUUCAACUGGUGGAUCUAUCCAAAGAACUAAGGUUGCAGCCACUAAUCCAAGAAUAAAUGAAUUGUAAGAAAAACAUGUUCUAUGGUUUAAAACCCAAUACACUAGACAUGUUUGUUUAGUUAGUGAUGACAGUCAAUUAGGAUUGGAUGUGAAUCCUUGGGUCUUUUCAUUGUUGAAGUACUGGCUAAAAGCAGUCUUUGUUCCAGUUAAUCGACAAUUCUCUGUUUGUGAAAAUAUCCUCCAAUAUGCAACUAGUAAACUUACACAGUAUUUCAAAAGAGAAGUCAAUGUUAAAUUGAUAGAUACUGAUAACUAAUUUGUUAAGAAAAUCGUGUAAAUGGAGGCUGAUCUAUAGGAUGGAGAACUUAAGAUACCUUAGACAAACAUUGAUCAAUCUGGACUCAUUUUAGCCAGACCUGAUUCGUUUGCUCCUGCUACUGAUAUCAUAGCUAAUGACAAAUACAUUAUCUAUAUGGAUGUACCUGGAAUCAAUGAAGAGGAUAUUGAAAUGUAUAGAUAGAAUGUAGUUACAAUUGUUAAGGGUAAUAGAAAAAAACCUUAUUAAGAGGAACAAAGUGAUCACAUUAAGAAAUAGGAGAGAAAAUAUGGAGAAUUCACUCUAAGUUUUAGGAUUCCUGAAAAUUUUGAAAGGAAAUGGAAACAUUUUGGAAUUGAAAAUGGAGUAUUGAAAAUUGUUUAUGAAAAAGAUAAAGAUGAUAUCAUUCCGAGCAAAUUUGUUAAUUAAGCAGAAUGAAAGAUUAUUUUGUUUUAGACAUUCUGGUUUAUAUUUAAAUUAGUUUGA